AUGAUUGAAUCAGAAGACUCGGAUACAGAUGCUACAGAAAAUGUUCGUGUCUUUAUCAGAAUUCGGCCAUUAAAAGAUAUGGAAACAACUUUAGCUAACCAGAAAAUUGUUCAAUCAGAUGGCAACAGUAUAACACUAAAUAAAUAUGGAGCGAUCAAAACAUUUACAUUUUGUAAAGUAUUCGAUGAAAACAGUCAGCAAAUAGACCUGUACAGACAUGUAUCAGUUCCUAUAGUGGAACAAGUCCUAAAAGGCUACAAUGGGACAAUUUUUGCGUAUGGUCAAUCAGGAACAGGAAAGACUUACACCAUGAUCGGUGAUAUUGGAGACAAUAGUCGUAAGGGGAUUAUUCCAAACAUAUUUUCUCAUAUAUUUGCACAAAUAACACUGGCAAAUAAUGAAUAUUCUUAUGUUGUUACUGUUACGUAUUUGGAAAUAUAUAACGAGGAAAUUCGGGAUCUUUUAUCAGAAUAUCCAGAAAAAAAGCUGGCGUUAAGGGAAAAACCAGGUGUCGGUGUCUAUAUCAAAGAUCUCCUAGGCUUUACCGUCCAUUCUUUGGAAGCUGUUACAGAUAUUCUAAAAAAAGGAAACAAAAAUCGUGCUACUAGUUUCACUCAACUUAAUGAUGUCAGUUCCAGAUCCCACGCUAUCUUCACCGUAUUGAUAGAGACCAAAAAUAAUAUAACAAACAAAACAACGUUUGGAAAAUUAAAUCUUGUAGAUCUAGCAGGUUCUGAAAGGGUACACAAAAGUCUCGCUACUGGAGAUCGAUUACGAGAAGCUGGAAAAAUUAAUCUGUCAUUAUCGGUACUUGGAAACGUUAUAUCAGCUUUAGUGGACGGCAAGGCCACUCAUAUACCCUACAGAAAUUCCAAACUCACACGCUUACUACAAGACUCUUUAGGAGGAAACUCCUUAACAGCAAUGAUAGCUAUGGUAAGCCCUAGAGUACAAGAUUGUGAAGAAAGUAUGUACACCCUGAUGUAUGCCGACCGAGUCAAGCAUAUUCAAAAUCAUGUUACUAUAAACAUAGAAUCCAAAAGUGUCAUAGAAACAUUUGAAACAAAAAUUGCAGAGUUAAGACAUCAACUGUUACUUUUAGAAGCCAGAGAAGAGAAAUUAGAAAAGAAAGAAAGGAAAAGGAACAAAACUUCUCCCCACAGUAGUGAAUUGGAAGAAAUAGAACUGGAAAAAUGUUCCCUGCAAAAUCAAAUAAACAUUAUUCAAAAAAAGAUCCUUAUAGGCGGAGAAAAUCUUAUUGAAAAAGCUCAACAACAAAUGGAACUACUGGAUAAUUCAUUUAAAGAAAUUCAACACUUAGAUCACUCACAUUCUCUUCUUAAAGAGAUACUUUUUUACAAGGAAAAAGAAAAGACAUUGGUACAAAAAGAAUACGCAGAUCUGCAAGAGGAAGAUAAAGUUCUAAAUGAAAAGAUAGAAGAAACAGAAAAACUCAUUAAUAAGGCCGUACAGAUUCUCCACACCAAAGAACAAGAGUACCAGAAUGAAAUUUGUUCUCUUCUACACACAAACAAGUCCCUGGCAAAGGAACUUUCCUUGGUACAAUUUAUUAUUAAAGAAAGUGUUCCAAAAAACUACCUAGAUGAACUUAAAAGUGGUAUUGUUUGGGACAACGACAACCAAGAUUGGCAAGUUAAGGGAAUUGCAUAUUGUGGAAAUAGCCUAAGAAGAACCAGAAGUUGUGGAAUAGUUGAAAGUAGCAAUCCAAGAGCAGUAUAUCUGAAUUAUAGAAGAAAAAGUAAAUCAAAGACGAGAUAUUAAUAUUUCUGAUAUACAGAUAGUCUAUUUUAUCUAUUUUAUAUAUAGCAUAUUUGUUUUAAUAAAUAUAAACAGUGUUUGAUCGUUUGUUUAA